AUGAGUAUUUUGGAUAUGCGAUCCGGCAAACCCUCACUGGGUGAGGAAAUUAGCAACUUCUUUUUGCCACUGAAAUACCUCAUCACGACAGACCGUUUUGAUGCCUUUGUCGAGAAUAUCAAUUUCAAUUAUUUGGCCAAUGCAGUUUUCUGGAUAUUUUUGCUGUUUAGUUUCGGUUUUGUCGGGUUUCACAAUUUAUUUCAGGUCUUUUUAAAAACCUCGAAUAUAAAAUACUAUAAACGUAAACAAUUUUCACGCUCAAUAUGGAAUAUAGCAUUCUACGCAGCAUGCACCCUGUUCCUAUAUAUGUACAAUGAAUGGGUGAUAUUGCCACAGCUGUUAAAGAAUCAAGGACGUUACUCUCUCUUCUAUUCAUCGGAAGAUCAUAUCUUUUAUAAAUCUCAACAAUGUGAAAAGUUUCAAUUCUAUUCACUGUUCAUUAUUACAUUUUAUUUACAUGGUGCUAUGUUGGAUUUUAAGGAAUCCGAUUAUUUGGAGUCGGCAUCAAAGGCUCUCUAUUUAAUGGCAUUGGUGGCCAUCGAUACAUAUAGAUAUGAAAACUAUUUUGUUGGUGUUAAUUUGAUUCUGGGAAUCUAUAAUAUAAUCAGCGAAAUACUUAGUCUCUUGGCCUUACAAAAUUCCAAGCGAAAUAUUUUGGUAUAUCAAAUAUUUUUGGGAUUGCGCAUUGCAUCAUGGUCCCAUGUCUUCAUUAGUCUGCUACCCUUUAAAUAUUUAGUACCCACAUUAUUUGCCAAGAACUUUAAAAUAAGUCUAAAUGUUGUCAUCUGGUUAUGGUAUGGCUUGAGUAUUUGGAAUUCCCCAGUUUUACAAUAUUUCUAUCAUCAAAUUUACCACAAUACACCAGCCGAUUGUUCGGGUGAGGGAUCAGCUGCGAAGUGUAUUUUACUAAAAGAUUCAAGUGAGCAUCGCCAUUUCAAGACCUUGAAAAAGGCCUAUUUGGAAGUGAAAUUGGCUCAUGAAAAAUUAAAUAGCAGUAAUAUGGCAGCUACGGGAACUGAAAGUUCAUCAACAAAAGCUUAUCAGGCUAUUAAAUGUAUUAUGAUUUUAAAACGUAAAUUGAAGCGUAUUCGCGAAGGACGUGGCAAUGAGGUGGAAGAUGACAAUGAUGAUAUGAUAGUUACAGAUUGUUAAGCCUAC